AUGCGUGAGAACAGCGCUGCGGAGGGCCUCCAGGCGGCACUUCAUCUCAAAACAGCGUCUGCUCAGCUCCUUGUAGCGUCGCUCAUCAACGUGGUGACGAGCUGCGUGCCCAGCGCCUCCGAUGACGACGACGACGACGACGAGGCGGCCGCGGCGGCCGGUGACGCGGUGGCGGGUGACAACGUGCGCCUCAAGGGCGCCGUCGCGCGCCACAGGGCCCAGCUCGAGGCCCUCAAGGCGCGCGACCCCGAGUUCUACGCCUACCUGCAGCAGAGCGACGCAGAGCUGCUGGGCUUCGGCGCCGGGGCCGACGACGACGAGGACGCUGACGAGGACGAUGCUGACGAGGACGAUGAGGAGGACGACGGGUCUGAGGAAGAGGGGCUGGAAAGCGACGAGGAGGGGGACGGCAAGGGGAAGGCGGCCGCUGCGGAGAAGAAGACGAAGAAGAAAGCAGCAAAGGGGGCGGAGGAGGAGGGCAGCAGCGGCGAUGAGGAGGAGGAGGCGGCGGCGGAGAAGGAGGGCAGGAAGGCGGCGGUGAACGUGACGAGCGGAAUGGUGGAGGUGUGGUGCGCGCGGGCGCUGGAGGGGGCGUCCAUCACCGCCAUGAGGCAGCUGCUCAAGGCAUACAGGGUGGCCUGCCACUACGGCGACUCGGAGGCCGAGCUCGACGCUGGCCUGCGCCUGUCCUCCGGCGCCGCCUUCAACCGCCUCCUGCUCUUCGUGCUGCGCGAGGCGGACGGCAUCUUCCGCCGCAUGCUGCUGCCACAGGACGCCACCGCCGCCGCCGCUGCACCUGCCGCAACCGCCAACGGCGUGAAGAAGGGCGGCAAGGGCUCAAAGAAGGCAGCGAAGGGGGCGCAGGAGGGGCAGCAGCAGCAGCAGGAGCAGCAGCAGGAGCAGCAGAAGGAGCGGCGCCUCGACACGACGGCCGAGGUUUUGAAGAGUCCGAGGUGGAAGAAGGUGGCGGUGCUGGUGAAGAGCUACCUCGGCAACACGCUGCACCUGCUGACCGCCAGCGCAGAGGCGGCGAUGCUGGCGUUUGUGCUGCGGCGGCUGCGGGCGAGCGCGCCGUUGUUGGGGCCGUUUGCGAAGAUCCAGCGGCGGACACUGAGGGCGGCCCUGGGGGUGUUUGGCAGCGCCGACAACGCACCGCGCGUUCAGGCCAUCCUGCUGGUGCGCGCCAUCGCGCUGUCCUGCCCGCCCCCCGCCCUGGAUUCCUGCCUGCGGGGGACCUACCGCGCCUUCGCCCAGAACGCCAAGUUUGUGACCGCGGCCAGCCUGCCCCACAUUCACUUCAUGGGCGCCGCGGUGGUGGAGAUGACGCGGCUGGACGCGG